AUGGUAGAGACAAGCCAAGAAAAGGCUGCUCGUGAGCAAAGACUAGCAGUUAGGGCUAAGACUAUCUCAUUGCUUAACCGUGAAGGUACUGUUAACCGAAAUAAGGCAUUAGCUGAGACAGCGGCUCGUGUCCAUGAUAAUUUAAAUCUGUUACCUAAUUUUUUAAUUGCUGCUGGUGAUCUGGAUUCUUUAUGGACAUCCUUUGUGUCACAUAAUCAAGCUGUUUUGGAUGCAUUAUUGGAUUUGGACCUUACAUCUGAGUUUUCUACACAAUUAGAAACCGAGAUCCGUUCUCUAUACAUUAGUGUUGUAACUGUAGUUGAACAACACACACCUAAAAGUGAAACUGUGUCACUGGACGGUAGUGCCAAUGGGUCCAGACAUAAUGUGCCUGGUAGCACCCAGUAUCCCGUCUACCAGAAAUACCGUUACCCUCUUUCAGUGGUGAUUUGA